AUGAACAACGUCGAAAGAAUAUCGGUUAUUAUCCCCAAAUUUAAACAACAAUUACUCUUUUUAGAAGAAAGAGAAAAAUUAUUUCGAACAGAUGUUGCUUUAACUGAAUUUGAUGGUUCAUCGACAAGUGUUACAACUACUCAAUCAUCAUCUAUUAUUACAAUUCCUCGAUCAUCAUCAUUUAGUACAAAUACUUCUCAAUCAUUCACAGCCACAGCGACAAAUUCUCCAAUAUCAAUUUUUACUAGUGAAUCAUCAACGGAUUGCUUAUCAAAAUCGCCUACCAAUAUUUUUACACCUGAUCGAUAUAAUAAUGAUACAAAUAUUCAUCAGCUUUUUACAGAUCAAUAUAAUAUUCCAUCAUUACCAAAUAAUUUAAUAAAAGAUAUUGAAGAUGGAGAUAUGAUUAAAUUUGGUCCGCAUUUCUCGAAUCGACAAAUUCUUAUUGAUGCUGUUUCUUACGAUCUCAUCAACAAUUACAAACUUUUUUAUCCAUCACCAAAACAAUUUGAUCAAAUCGGUAGUACCAUUGUUAAAUUUUUGAGAUUACCUUUGACUAAAAACAAUAUCACCGUAUGGAAAGACGCGUUGCAAACUAAGUUAAAACGAAAGCGUUCUGAACAUUCAGAUAAUUCUAUCGUACAGGAUUAUCGUUCAAAAUAUUCAAGAGCUGGAUCAGGAAGACCUGUGAAACGACGAAUUAACGAAGUUGCUCAAAGAGAUCGAUUUAAACAGUUGAUGGUAAUACCAUAUAAUGAUCACAUUGCAAACAAUAUUGAAGAAAAAAUAAAUCAGUUACAAGAUGUAUCUGAAAUUGAUGCUGAAACGAGAUUGAAAUUGUGGAAAGAAACAUUCUCAUGUCGUCGUGAAUAUGUACGAAAUCAAUCAACAUCUGAUAUUGUUCAGAAAUUUCCUGGUUAUGCAGAUUCAUUUUUGGUAUUUGAAGAAGUAAAAAUGCUAUUGCAAAUUGAUUUAGCUGCAGCUAUACGACGACAAACAUCAGUUACUUUGAAUAAAAUUGUUACAUCACCAGUAUUUAUAACAGAUUCUCCUGUAAUUCAAUUGAUCAAAACUUUGUGCAAAGAAUUUGGCGAAACAAUUCACCAUUUAUUUUCUACUAGUGAACCUACAACACCAUAUCCAACAAUGGUCUGCAUCAACGAUAUAAUUCAUAUUUAUGUAGAUUUUAACUCUAUUGUGUCAACUAAUUCAGCAGACGAUGCUGUUGCAUUAUUAAUAGCCAUGUACACAAUAUUUGAAUUGGCAUUCGAUAAAAAAAGUCGAACUAUUCGACUUCUUUAUGCAAUUCUACAUGCUGAAACAAGAUAUUUAACAAAUUCUGUUCGAAUAUUAAUAAAAGAAAAAAAUAUUGAUGUUUAUGCUGAACAACAAUACCAACAACAACAGCAUCAAACCAUGUCAAAUUCUUCAUCAACUUCUUCAACAAUACCUGAAAGUGAAUCUCAAUCACAUAUACAAUUUGAAAUACAUUCACCUGGUGAUCUCUCAGUCCAAGAUAAUUGUCUCAUUAUGAAUCAAUUAACCGAUACAACAUCAACAAAUGAUAAUCCUGAUACAAAUUCAAAUGCAUCUUUAGAUAUAAAUGAAAAUAUCAAUAUCCCCGAAAAAAUAUCAUCAUCACAUUCAAAAUCACAACCACAAGUGAAACAACGUAAACGACAAAGAAAGAAUUCAGCUUCGGAUUAUCAAAAUUCCACAGGUUCAAAUAUUGUUAACACAACUGAUGAUCAAAUUGCAACUACAAAUUUUACUCCAUUAAAUGAUCUUACAAAUUCAAGUUUUAAUUCAAGACCAAAACGUCAACGAAGAUCAUAA